UAGAAUGAGAAACUGAAAUUUUGAACUUUCAACUUCACCGCCGCCCGUCUUACGUCGUGAACGAAAGAAAAAGGUACAUUAGUUUUUGAUUUGAAAUUGAAAUUUUAUGCAAUAUGGCUGUCAACGUGUAUUCAACAAACUGUACAUCAGAUAAUCUAAGUAGACAAGAUAUGUUAUCGUGGAUUAAUGGAUCAUUAAGUUUAAACUACACAAAAAUUGAACAUAUGGCCACAGGGUCUGCUUAUUGCCAGUUAAUGGAUAUGUUGUUUAGUGGCACAGGCUGUGUUCAAAUGAAAAAGGUUAAAUUUCAGGCCAAGUUGGAACAUGAGUACAUAAAUAAUUGGAAGGUUCUACAAGUAUCCUUCAAGAAAAUGGGGGUUGAUAAGGUCAUUCCAGUUGAUAGGCUAGUGAAAGCCAAGUUCCAGGAUAAUUUUGAAUUUAUACAGUGGUUUAAGAAGUUUUUUGAUGCCAACUAUGAAGGACACGAAUAUGAUGCUGUAACAGCUAGGGGUGAAAAGGUCGGUCAAUCACCAGCUGUACAAAAGAAAGUUGCCACCAAGAAAACAGUGGCACCAACAGGAAGAUCUAAAGGCCCUCAGACAACGUUGAGAGUUUCUGCACAGACACCCAAGGCUUCAGACCAGGCAGCAAACCGAAAAUUACAAGAAGUUAAUCGUGAGAUGGACGAAUUACGGCUGACAGUCGAUGGACUGGAGAAAGAGCGAGAUUUCUACUUCAACAAGCUGAGAAACAUUGAAGUAAUUUGCCAAGAAUUUGAUGGAACUGAUCAUGAUGGUAUCAACAGGAUACUGGAAAUAUUAUAUGCUACAGAGGAUGGAUUUGCAGCUCCUGAUGAGUUUGAGGACGACGAUUCGGAUGCGUUUCCUGAACUUGGGGAUCCGAUAGACGACUAUAGUUACUGACAGGAUGGUUUUGCACGACCAGAGGAGCUAGAAGAUGGAGGAGAGGUUGAAGGAGAACUAGCGUAUGAUGAAGGAGAGGUUGAAGGAGAAGGGUUAGAUGAAGAGGAGACAUACUAAUAAUAAAUAUAAUUUCACAAUUGUAUAUUUCUUUGCAUUGAUUAUUCACUUAUUUCUGAUCUUCAGGUCAGAGUGCUUUUGUGGUCCUCCCAGAAUUGCUGUAAUGGUAAUAUUCACAAGUAAAAUCUGGUUAUGGGUAGUGCAAACAUAAUGAUAAGCGGCUGAAGAUUUAAAUUGAUGUGAAAGCGAGAAGGGUUUCACAAUUAUUGUUAGUACCUACGCUUCUCAAAUAUUAUGUAUAUUUUUUUCCAUGUUCAAGUUGUAUGUCUCAGAAGCAAUGUUUAUUUAAUGGGUUCUGUGUUCUGCUCACAAUAGCAUAGUAAUUAUCCACCAAUAUAUAACACUUUUUAAAGGAAAACUAGAAAGGGAGUACUAUUGCAUCUGAGUAUAUAGCCAGUUGUUUUUUUUUUCUUUUUCAUAUUACAGUAUUGUUUUUUUGUCUUCACACACAAACACAUGAUGUCUUUGAACACGAUUGGAAUAUCCUCAUUUGACCUAAUAUUUUUGACCAUCUUAAAUUUAAUGAAUAGAUGAUGUACUGAUAUUGUUAUGAAACUGCUUUAUGAUUUUAAGGAGGUUCCUAAUCCUUUUGAUACAGGUUUAUUUAUCUUGGAAAGAAAAUUUACUGCCUCGUAUUGUAAUGUAAGGUAGUUAAUUAUUCCAUUGAUGUAUGUGCUUCAAUUUGUUGUGCUUACCAAAUAAUUGUCCAUUGUAGAUAUGUUCGUUUUUACCUACUAAAGUCCGGUUUUAAUUUUGUUUUCAUAUUUUCUAUAUUACAUACUUGUAUGUUCUGAGGUUGAGAGGUAUGUCUGGAUUUUAUCAGGGAACGGGAUAGUACUAACAGUAAAUUUGUGUGUGCGCAGGUGGAUGUAAGCAAGGCUUUGUGACAUAGCUUUUAUCGGUACAUAUAGAUAAUCACAUGACCAUAUAUUUAAAACAGGAGAUCCGAUAGCAAGAUAGGAUUGCAUAUAUCCAGCAUCCAAAUGUCAAAAUGUAAUAGCUACAAUGUCAGUUUGAACUACCAAAUUGUCUUUAUAUAUAUGUUAUACUUUUAUUUAAAAUAUUUCCCAGAAAAAUAAGCAUUAACUCACAAAAUAUUACAUAGGCUGUUACCUCAUUAUAUGUUAAUAAAAAAUGUAUUGUUUAUCAAGUACCUAUUGUCAAAACAGACAGAAAAAAUCUUUCAAAUUUACUGUUUAAUAUUUAUUAUUUUUUUCUAUGAUUUUAUUUGUUCCUUGUUGUUUUAUUUUUUUUUUAUUUUUAUUUAUUUAUUUAUUUAUUUUUUUGGAGAGUCACUUUAUUGUAAAUAUCUGCACAGUUAAAUUGCUUAUAUGAUGUAUAGCUGAAUGGGUUAUCCUUGUUGCAUCCUGUUUGUAUAUUUUCACUUAUGUCUCGUAUAGUAUAUACUCGUAUAGAUUUCACCAUGCUCCUCUGAAGCCUUCAACUUCAAAAUCUCUGAAAUACAAGUUUCUGUGUGUACAAUACAAUUUAAUUAGAUAAAGCAGGCUUGGAGCUACAACCAAAUGAUCUCUGAUAUCUUUAUGGAGUAGGACAAAUAUAUUAUAUACUGUAAUCUGUUAUAAAUUUCUCUUGUUCUCUUAAAGCACCCCAUGCAUAGAAUGAAUGAUAUCUUCCAUUUUCAGAGACGAAUAGCCAUCUACGAUAUUCAUAAGAUCUGUGCGUGUCGUCAGGUUUUAUGCGACAGGUACCUGUGAUUUACCCAUAUAUGGGUUGAUUCGGCAUAUUUAUCCUUAUAAAGAUAAAUCAAAGAUAAAUCAAAGACAUUUAUCACAUAAACCUUGAGAGUAUUGGCCAGAGAUUUCGGCUGGGUGUUUAGCAGUGAAUUUAUUUAUCUGUUAUAAACAUGAUUAGUUAUAUAUCUGUCUUGAUAUAAUAUUGAUGUUAGUAGCAUAAGUGUACUUUUAUAUAUUGUUAUUUGUGAAUGAUAAUAACAUUUGUCAGUAUAUUUGAAAUUAUUUUAUGUUGUGUCAAAAAUUCAAGAUACUUUCCAAUGUACUUCAGUAGCAUAUAACUGUAGGGCCCACCAAAAUAGAUUGUGAGUUAUAUAUAUUUUUUGUGUUUUACUUUUUUUAAAUACUUCUAUUUAUCUAUCAUUAAUGGAAAAGUCGAUAGAGGGCGACAAUGAAAUUUUCAGUGAUCGAUAAUUAUAAUUUGCAAAAAACAAACAUACCUAACUUUUUAGAAAUAACUUGGGCACAAACGAAAUAAAAAAUACCCUAGAUUUUAUUCUGCAGAACUAUACAGAAAAUGUACUUUAAUUUGUUAUAAACAGUGACCCAAUCUCUUCCAUAAUUUGUGAUCUGUGAGCUGGCUCCCCAUUAUAUGUAUGCAAUUUAUUAUUAAUCCAUAAUAUUAUAAUAUAUUAUUUUUUAUUAUUAAAAUUAUUUUAUUAUUUUUAAUAUUUUCAAAAAAAGAACAAAAUUUAAGACAUGUUUGGACGUUUGUUAAAACAAAAUUUAAUUUUAACAUUUUUUGCUUAUCUUGGAUUUAACUUAACUGUGAACUAAUGCAAUUUAAUAUAAUCAAAUGUUUAAAAUUGUUUACAUAUUUUCAAAUAAAACUUUCCACUUCGUAAACAUUUUGCUCGCUGACAUAUAUUUCCAAAUGGAGUGCACUGGAUAAUUUAAUUUCAUCUUUUUCCAAUUAGUACAGUCAAUUUGAAUGUGGUUAAUUUUAAGGAAGCUAAAUCAGUCAUUAAUCGUAUAUAAUUUAUAAUAUAUAUACAGUAUACACAUUUAAAACUUAACAUUUAUCUCUUGAAAUAUUCUGUUGAUGUAAAUCAGAUAUGUAAAAAGAUAAUGUUCUCAAUACAAUUUAUGUAUUAGCAUGGUUUUUUUCUUCUAUUUGCUAUAAAUUAAAUCUUGAAUAAACUCAUAUUUGUUAUGUGUAAUCACCAUAUAUAUCUGUAGUAUAGUUUUACUUCAUAAUUUAUAUUCUUUUAUUGUUUUCUGCAUUGUAUGACAAUACUGUAUUGUAGUUAGUCUUUUGUUGAGAGUUGUUAAUUUAAUUCCAGUAAAAAGAAAACAAUAUGCCUUCGGUGGUGUACUUAAAUCCAACAAAAACAUUAUCAUGUUUCGGGUUUGGUACAGGAUAAACUGAGCACUGGACUUAAUUAUGUUUAUUUAUGUUUCCUUUCCAAUUGUGUCUUUAAUUUUUCUCGGUAAUUUAUAAUAUUCAAACUACUUUUUUGACUCAUAAAGUUUAAAGGAAUUGUAUAGUGAUAUUUAACAAAUGUGAUGAAACAAGGUUUUACAAUUGUAAAUGUUGCUAACUGUAACAUUGAAAGUGUGGAAUAGAAGAAAAGUUUGGCAUAAUAACAUUUAUUUAGUAUAAGCCUUGCCCCUGUGGAAACUAUUUUGUCCACAAUACGUUGUAGCGCAUAGAAAUUUAUAUUAUGCGCCUUAUCAGAGAUUGAUUGAUUUACUGUAUUCAUUUUUAUACAGUAACAAUAACAGUAUUAAAUCAAAAUGUUGUAAAUGUAAAAUCUGUCCUUUAUUAUUAUUGUCAAUUGGCAUACAGAUAUAAAAGAAACUGAAGUCAAUACCGACAUACAUUAUUUGAUUUUAGUCACUUCCAAUUAGUCCAUUUUGAAAAUUUAGGCCUAUGUUAUUUUUUAAAAAUUAUAUCGGUAAUGCGAUUGUACAUAGGUUCCCAAGUGUUGGGUUUAUGUCAAUAUUAGUCCCGAAUUUAGGUUUUAAAGAACCUUAAACAUAGCCAAAAUACUGUACUUUCAUUAUUAUGUAUAUACAGUAUGCAUUUUGAAGGGAAAAAAACCUAUUGCAAAGCAGCUGCUUUCAUAGGAUGGUAAAAUAUUUGUAAAAGCAUACAAAAUGUUUCCUUAAACGCUUAUUGGUAUUGAAGUCCGAAACUGCUUGAGGUAUACCGCUAAAAACCUAUACAGUGAACAUAAGUACAGUAUUCAUUUUUGUGUUGUUACAGAAAAACUAGCUACACGGUUAUAUGGAGCCUCUAUUAUUGCAUGUCAAAUUUAACAACAGCAUGGUAAAAUAAUAAGGUAAGCAAACUACAAGAAGGAAAUGAUAUGCUAGGUACUUUGUGUUAGCAUAUAAAUAAUAAAUCUGCAAAUCAUA